AUGACCACCAGUGCGACACCUGCAUUAAUGGAGCCACGGCAGGCCACCCAGUUCCUGGGGCAGGUGGCCAGGAAGAGGCCCCCUGUGGCGGCGCUUCAGACCCUGCGGGAGUUGCAGCUCGGGAGGCUCCAGGCGAAUGCGUUCCACUAUGGUGCCCUGAUCGCGGCCUGCUCGAAAAGCCGGGGAGGUCACUGGCCAUGGGCGGCGCACUUGCUGAAGGACAUGGGCCAUCGGCUGAUUCAAAGCGACAUGGUAAAUUGCAAUAGCGCCAUCAGCGCGUGUGAGAGGACGGGGCAGUGGGAGGUCGCCCUGUCCUUUCUGCAGCUCGUUCAACGUCAGGGGGUGCCUGAAACCAUUACUUGGAAUGCAGCAAUUGGAGCGUGUGGUCGGGCGGGCCAGUGGGAACGAGCAGUGGCCAUGUUGAGUGCCUUUGAGAAGGACGAGGUGUCGUUCAGCUCAGCCAUGGCCGCAUGCGAGAAGGCGGGGGAGUGGGCCUGGGCAUUGCAUUUGCUGGGCGCCAUGCGGCUGGCCACGUUGCGCGCCGACGUCUUCAGCUUCAGCGCUGCGACCUCGGCCUGCGCCAAGGCGGGCAAGUGGCAGCUGGCCUGCGGCCUCUUUGCGCGCAUGGCGCGGUCCAUGUCCCCGGACUCGGUGAGCUACGGGAGUUUGAUCAAGGCGUGCGAGGCCGGGAACCGGUGGAUCAGCGCUCUGAACGCCCUUGAAACGAUGGAGACGACCAAGGUGCCGCUCAACGAGGUCAUUUGUAACAGUGCCAUAAGCGCGUGCUCCGCCGGAAGCCGGUGGGAGCAUGCACUGGCCAUCUUCCAUUCCAUGCCGCGCCGGAACAUUGUGCCCCAGGUUGUUGGCUACAAUGCCGCCAUCAGCGCAUGUGUGAGAGGGAGCAGCUGGAAUCAGGGCAUGGCGAUUUUUCAAGAGAUGCCAGCAGCAGGCGUCCCCCCUGACCAGAUCAGCUUCAAUAGCGCGCUGAGUGCAUGCCAGAGAAGCAGCAACUGGCAGCAAGCGCUGGCAUUGAUCGAGCUCAUGCCGAGAAGCUCAGUGGCUCCGGAGGAGUUUUGCUUCACAACGGCGCUGAGUUGUUGCGAGGGCUGGCAGCUGUGCUUGCAGCUCCUGUCAGGCUUUGAGGACUCGCAGAUCACGCCUUUGAUGCUGGGGGUCGUUAUGAGCGCCUGUGAAACCGCUGGGGCCUGGGAGGCCUCCCUUUCGUUGCUGCAGCAUUUGCUGGCACGCCGCGCCACGCCGGAUGCGCUGCACGUGGGCUCCGCGGCCAACGCGCUGCGCCGGGCGCAGGGGUUCGGCGCCGCGCUGCGUCUGCUGGAGGCGAUGAAGGCCACGUGGGCCGCUGAAAUGGGCGACGUGCGCCAAAUGGAGGAGGUGUGGAGCCCCAAAUGUUUGCAGGCCGGACACGGUGUGCUGGCAUGCAUGAAGCCGGAAGGUAUUACCACUGAAGACUUUGUGCAGGAGCUGGCGGAAGACUUGCAGGAACAGCUUGGGAUUGUAUCAAGGUUGGAUCAGCCAACAUCUGGGGCCUUGAUGGUGGCGCGUGGGCACAAGGGCUCCACUGCCGCCAAUUGGCUGCAAGCGCAAUUCGCCAGCCGACUGGUGGACAAGAAAUACCUGUGCCUUUGUGAGGGCCCAGUUUUAGGCCAGGCGGGGGCAACGGGGGCGAUCUCGGCGGCGCUGUGCACCGAUGAAGCUGUGACGGUGGUUUCCCCAGAGGGCCGGGAGGCUUUGACGCUUUACAAUGUGCUGGCGACGUAUGCGCCGCCGAGCUCGGGCCAGUUGACCCUAUUGGAGGUGAAGCCGGUGACUGGCCGAACUCAUCAGAUCAGAGUUCACUUGGCGCACCUGGGGCGUCCGCUGGUGGGCGACUUGACUUAUGGCAAGCGGGACUCCGCUUGGCCCUGUGGGCGGCUUUUCCUGCACUGCCGGCGAGUGCGUUUGCGGGACCUCGCUGGCCGGGAGUUUUGUGCAGUGGCCAGCUUGCCUGCGAGCCUCAGGCAGGUGUUGGAUGAACUCAAGCCCUUUCUUCAGGCUUAG